UGUUGUUCGUUCGUAUUUUCGUGUGCCGUCUAUUGUGCGUCCGAGCCCCGAGCGUUUCGUUUCCGUAAUAAUAAUAAUACACCCCGUCGACCGGUGGUACGCUCUACGAUAAUAAUAAUAUUAUAUUUUAUUGUUCGCCGUAUGUCCGUACGCAUUGUGCUUUCGUGUUUCACACGUUAAUGCGAUUUAGUAUUUACCUAGUGCUGUAGUCUUACCGUAGUUGUGACCCGGCGGUGGAUGAGAACAUCUGUUGGUCCGGUGGCGAAGGCAUUUGUGAAAAAAAGGUUACCCGGCACGAUUUAUUAUAUCCGUGUAUCUACCCGUCAUUAUCUAAGACACGCUGAACUGUUGCCGGUGCACUGAUUAGCGUCGCACGCGUUGUUUCUUGGCGGUCUGUCUGAGGGUUUUGUAAACACAGCACUGAGCACAUCGAGCCGGUAAUAGCCGUACACUGAGUCCGCGACAAUGUCUGACAAACAGAUCUACUAUUCAGACAAAUACUACGACGACAAGUACGAAUACAGACAUGUGGUGUUGCCUAAAGAGAUGGCAAAAAGCAUACCAAAAACACAUUUACUUUCUGAAGACGAAUGGAGAUCAAUUGGAGUACAACAGAGCAAGGGAUGGGUUCAUUAUAUGAUCCAUGAACCUGAACCUCACAUUCUAUUAUUCAAAAGACCACGAACCAACUGAACUUUCUGCAUACCUAAAAAUGUUGAAUAUCUUAUUGAACAAUGUAAAGAAGGUAGAGGAUGGCA